GCCGGUGUUUGAAACUUGGCACACACACACACACACACACACACCAGUGAUGGUGCUGGUGCUGGCUAUGACAUCGAGAAUUCCAGCAAUUGUGUAAAACGUUAAAUUGAACUGUCAAAAUUGUGAAGAUUCUCCAUCACGGUCACGAGGAAGAGAAGUUUAGCUUGUGGAACUGCCCAGACAAGAAGACAUCUGUUAACAUCAGGCGAGGUGUUUCUCUGUUGUUUUGGCACUAAGGAGUGACUUCUGGCUGUUCAUUUGGAUUGAUAAAGAAGAGCAGAGCUGAUUUAAAGACUGCAAUGUAUCACUUAAGGACUUGUGCUGCUCGUCUUCGGCCUCUCACAGCUGCAAAGGGGACUCAGAAUGUUCUGCAGCAGAGGUCAGCAGCUUGUGCACUAAGGACAUUUCAGCCAUCCAGGUGCUACACGACGCCUGUUGUUGCUGAGCCUUUCCUCAAUGGUACAAGUUCAAACUAUUUGGAGGAGAUGUACUAUGCAUGGCUGGAGAACCCUGGGAGUGUACAUAAGUCUUGGGACACCUUCUUUCGCAAUGCUAACGCUGGCGUUCCACCUGGCACUGCCUACCAAAGUCCUUAUUCACCUGCAGCGAUAACAUCAGCGCUUCCUCAGGAGCUGGUUGGAUCUCAAGCCAAAGUAGAGAAGCUAGUUGAGGACCACCUGGCUGUGCAGUCUCUCAUCCGUGCAUACCAGGUGAGAGGUCACCACGUGGCCAAACUUGAUCCUUUGGGCAUCAAUUGUGUAAAUUUUGACGCUUCCCCGGUUACAGUGGGGUUCCACCAAAUACGUGGGCAUCACGUUGCCCAGCUGGACCCCUUGGGAAUUAUGGAUGCUGAUCUUGAUUUGUGUGUCCCCAUGGAUAUUGUCACGUCUUCCAGUAAGCUUGGUUUCUACGGUUUGAGUGAUUCGGACCUGGAUACAGUGUUCCGACUUCCCACCACCACCUUCAUCGGGGGCAGUGAAAGUGUCCUGCCACUCAGGGAGAUUAUUCACCGUUUAGAGAUGGCCUACUGUCAGCAUAUUGGAGUGGAGUUUAUGUUCAUCAACAAUUUAGAGCAGUGCCAAUGGAUCCGGCGGAAGUUUGAAACGCCUGGCACGAUGCAGUUUACUCCAGAGGAGAAACGAAAUCUUCUGGCCCGCAUGGUUCGCUCUACUCGGUUUGAAGAGUUCCUGCAGAGAAAAUGGUCCUCAGAGAAGCGUUUUGGACUUGAGGGAUGCGAAGCACUCAUCCCUGCCCUUAAGACAAUCAUUGACAAGUCGAGUGAGAAUGGCGUAGAGAAUGUGAUCUUGGGCAUGCCCCAUAGAGGACGUUUGAAUGUACUGGCCAACGUCAUCCGUAAAGAGCUGGAGCAAAUUUUUUGCCAGUUUGAUUCCAAACUCGAGGCUGCUGACGAGGGUUCAGGUGACGUUAAGUAUCACCUGGGGAUGUAUCACAGACGAAUUAACCGUGGGACUGAUCGUAACAUCACCCUGUCCCUGGUGGCCAAUCCCUCUCACUUGGAAGCAGUAAACCCAGUAGUGCAGGGCAAGACCAAAGCUGAGCAGUUUUACUGUGGGGACACUGAAGGCAACAGGGUGAUGUCUAUCCUGCUGCAUGGAGAUGCUGCAUUUGCUGGGCAGGGCAUUGUGUAUGAGACCUUUCACCUGAGUGAUCUACCCUCCUACACCACUCAUGGGACAGUACAUGUGGUAGUCAACAACCAGAUCGGCUUCACCACUGACCCACGAAUGGCUCGCUCUUCCCCCUAUCCCACUGACGUGGCUCGGGUGGUUAAUGCCCCCAUCUUCCACGUCAAUGCUGAUGACCCAGAGGCUGUGAUGUAUGUGUGCAAUGUUGCUGCCGAGUGGAGGGCGACAUUCCAUAAAGACGUGGUAGUGGACUUGGUAUGUUACCGGAGGAACGGGCACAACGAGAUGGAUGAGCCAAUGUUCACUCAGCCUCUGAUGUAUAAACAGAUUAAAACGCAGAAGCCUGUGUUGCAGAAAUAUGCUGAAAAGCUCAUAUCAGAGGGAGUUGUCACCAGCCAGGAGUAUGAGGAAGAGGUUGCCAGUUAUGACAAGAUCUGCGAGGAGGCUUACGCUCGCUCCAAAGACAAGAAGAUCCUCCACAUUAAGCACUGGCUUGACUCUCCUUGGCCUGAUUUCUUCAUGCUGGAUGGCCAGCCGAAGAGCAUGAGCUGUCCCUCCACUGGUCUAAAGGAAGAGCAGCUUGUACACAUUGGAAAGGUGGCCUCUACUGUGCCUGUUGAUGGUUUCACCAUCCAUGGAGGUCUGAGCCGCAUCCUGAGGAGCAGAGAGGCGAUGGUAGAGAAUCGGACAGUGGAUUGGGCCCUGGGCGAGUACAUGGCGUUUGGCUCCCUGCUGAAGGAGGGCAUCCAUGUUCGGCUUAGCGGGCAAGACGUGGAGAGAGGCACCUUCAGCCACCGCCACCAUGUUCUGCACGAUCAGAAGGUAGACAAGAGAACCUGUAUCCCUAUGAAUUACAUCGACCCAAACCAGGCUCCUUACACUGUGUGCAAUAGUUCACUCUCUGAGUAUGGGGUAUUAGGCUUUGAGCUGGGCUUUGCGAUGGCAAGCCCUAAUGCACUGGUGCUCUGGGAGGCACAAUUCGGAGACUUCCACAACACAGCGCAGUGCAUCAUCGACCAGUUCAUAUGUGCUGGCCAGGCCAAGUGGGUGCGCCAAAAUGGCAUUGUUCUGCUGCUUCCCCAUGGCAUGGAGGGAAUGGGUCCCGAACACUCCUCUGCACGUCCGGAGCGUUUUCUUCAGAUGUGCAACGAUGACCCUGAUGUUUUCCCUAAAAUCACAGCAAACUUUGAGGUUCAGAACCUGUAUGACUGUAACUGGAUUGUAGUGAACUGCUCCACUCCAGCCAACUACUUUCAUGUGCUAAGGAGGCAGAUCCUUCAAACCUUUCGCAAACCUCUCAUUAUUUUCACGCCCAAAUCCUUGUUACGCCACCCAGAAGCCAAGUCCACAUUCGAUGACAUGCUCCAAGGUACACACUUCAAGCGUUUGAUCCCAGAGGAGGGCUUAGCAUCCCAGAAUCCAGCUGGAGUGAAGCGCAUAAUCUUCUGCACUGGAAAGGUGUACUAUGACCUGACCAAACAGCGCAAGAACAAAGAAAUGGAGGCUACGGUGGCCAUUGCACGCAUUGAACAGCUCUCGCCGUUCCCAUUUGACUUGGUAAAAGCAGAGAUUGAUAAGUAUCCAGAGGCUGAUCUGGUGUGGUGCCAAGAGGAGCACAAGAACCAGGGUUACUAUGAUUACAUCAGGCCACGCAUCCACACCACCAUCGCCCGGGCACGUUCUGUCUGGUACGCUGGCCGUGAGUCUGCUGCUGCCCCAGCCACUGGGAACAAGAAAGCCCACCUACUUGAGCUGGAUCGUUUUCUAAAUACUGCCUUCAGCCUGGAUGCCUUUCGUGACCAGUCCUAAAUACCAGUCAACCCCACCACAGUUAUAUACCGAAACCAUUUUCCAGUCAUUACACUGGCACCUCUCUGUAUUGCUACAGUAGAAAUGGAGCAUAAGAGAUGGUAAGUCAGGUUACACUUUGGUGCAAUAAUUGUUUUAUUUUAUUAAGUUCAAAACACUGGUUACAUUGAAACUGGGAACAUUGUUGCUGGUAUUCUAGGAGAACGGAGAGACUGGUUGCAUAUUAUAAAUAUUGCUGCUUUUACUGCUGACGAGAUGCAUGAAUCAAUAAAGACAUUUUAGCCUUUUUAUUUUCUUAUUUUGUUUACACUAUUUAUGUAUCCAAAUGCACGCAAAAAUGCAAAAGGAUUGUGACACAAAUUCAUGUCCAAUUGUGUGUGUUUAACCAGGUGGAUAAGGCCAGUAAAAGUUUAAUGAGCAAGUGGAAACAAAUGGACGUUUUCAUUAAUUUGAAUGUGUGUAUAUUGUUUUUAAACAAAUGGAAUGGAAUAGAAUGUUCUGUGCUUGCCUGUUUUAGUUAUUAAAUUUCACUGAUUAAUUGAUUGUACACAAGAUCCUGUUUUAAUUGUCCUGUGUAUGUGUAUCUUCUGUUAUUUAUAUCCUCAUCAAUUUUUAUCAGACCUCUAUGCAAAAAACUCAGGAUGCUACCGAGGUCAAAAUAUAAAGUAUUAUUUUAUUGUCAGCAGGAUGCCAAACAGACCAAACUAGUGCAAGGGAAUUUUGUUUAUUUUCUUAUAUUGCACAUUGGACAAUAAAAAUACCUCAUUCAAUAAAAGUAUAUUGGUUUUGUUGA